AUGACAUCAGAAAACAACGGCGAUUCUAAUGCUCUUCAUCUUCUUCCUGGUACCGAUGCAGUAUCGUCAGAUGAACAACAUGUUUUUAAAGUACCUCAAAUUCCUGUAUCAACAUCAUCGUUUGGUCUUGAUAAAUUAGCAGCUGAAAAACGUCGUGCACAAUCGUCAGCAGCAGCAUCAUCAUCAUCAUCAAAACGUUCGAAACCAUCAUCAUCAUCAUUUGAUGAUAAUGACAAUGAUGAUGAAUAUAAAAAUUCAUCUAAUCAUAAAUCACGACAUUUACGUGAACAAAGAGUUGAAACUCCAUCUUCAACACGUUCAUCACAUCAUGAUCUUUAUGAUAAAAGUCGAUUACCACCUAAAAAUAUCCAACGUGGUGUAGUUUAUGGAAAAGAAAAACAUAAACAACAUCGAAAUAAAGAUAAUAAAGAUAAUGAUGAUGAUGAUCGAUAUGCUACACCAAAUAUUCGCGGUAGUCGAGAAUCACCAUCAAGAGCACAAUGGGAUGAUGAUGAUUUCGAUAAACGACAUUCACAAUGGGAAUAUCCAACACCAAAUGAUAGUUAUAAUCGUCAAGGUUAUAGAAAAAAACGUGAUACUGAUUAUUAUAAUAGAAAAAGUAACGAUACACCAUUACCGACACCAAGUUUUCGUAAAAGUAAACGUGAUGAAUUUAAUGCUGAUGAUGAUCAACAUAAUUGGGAAGAAGAACAAAAACGUAUUGAUCGUGAAUGGUACAAUAAUGAAGAUGUUGUUGAUGAUGAAUUAAAUCCGUUUAGUAAUGUUAGUGAAGAAUAUACAAAGAAAAAAGAACAAGCAUUAGAAUUAAGAAAAAAGAAACGUAUGUCUGCUCAACAACGACAAAUAAAUCAAGAUAUUGAAAAAUGGGAAACAAAUCGAAUGCUUCAAAGUGGUAUUGUAACAAAAGUUAAUUUUCAGGAUGAUUUUGAUGAUGAAAGUGAAAGUCGUGUACAUUUACUUGUUACAAAUCUUGUACCACCAUUUCUUGAUGGUCGAAUAAGAUUUACUCGUCAAUUUGAACCAGUUAUUCCUGUUAAAGAUCCUACAUCUGAUAUGGCAAUUAUCUGUCGUAAAGGUUGUCAAUCAGUACGAAAAUAUCGUGAACAAAAAGAACGUCGUUUAGCACAAGAAAAAUUUGAAUUAGGUGGAACAAAAUUAGGAAAUAUCUUAGGUAUAAAACGACGCGAUGAAAAAGAUGAACAAUCAGAAGAUGUUGAUUAUAAAAAAUCACAAAAAUUUGCUGAACAUAUGCAAGGAAAAAAUGAGGCAGUAUCAGAUUUUGCAACAAAAAGAACGAUUGAUGAACAAAGAAAAUUUUUACCAAUUUAUGCUAUUCAAGAAGAUUUAUUAAAAAUUAUACGAGAAAAUAGUAUUGUUAUCUGUGUUGGAGAAACUGGAUCAGGUAAAACAACACAAAUGACUCAAUAUCUUCAUGAAUCUGGUUAUACAAAACGUGGUAUGAUUGGAUGUACACAACCACGUCGUGUUGCUGCUAUGUCUGUUGCAAAACGUGUAUCGGAAGAAAUGCAAUGUAAACUCGGUGAUGACGUUGGAUAUGCUAUUCGAUUUGAAGAUUGUACAUCGGAUAAAACAAUUAUUAAAUAUAUGACAGAUGGUAUUUUACUACGUGAAAGUUUAACAGAUCCUGAUCUUGAUCAUUAUUCAGCUAUUAUUAUGGAUGAAGCACAUGAACGUAGUUUAAAUACUGAUGUUCUUUUUGGCCUUUUACGAGAAGUUGUUUCACGUCGACAAGAUUUAAAAUUAAUUGUUACAUCAGCAACAAUGGAUUCAAAUAAAUUUAGUGAAUUUUUUGGCAAUGUACCAAUUUUUAUUAUACCAGGACGAACAUUUCCAGUUGAACCAUUCUUUAGUAAAGCUUGUGUAGAGGAUUAUGUUGAUGCUGCUGUUAAACAAUCUAUACAAAUACAUUUGGGUGCUGGUGAUGGAGAUAUUCUUGUUUUUAUGCCCGGUCAAGAAGAUAUUGAAGUAACAUGUGAAGUAAUCAAAGAACGUUUAAAUGAUCUUGAAGGUGCAAAACCCUUAAGUAUUUUGCCAAUUUAUUCUCAAUUACCUAGUGAUUUACAAGCAAAAAUCUUUCAGAAAGCUGAAGAUGGUAUAAGAAAAUGUGUUGUUGCAACAAAUAUUGCUGAAACAUCAUUAACACUCGAUGGUAUUAUGUAUGUUGUUGAUUCAGGUUAUUGUAAAUUAAAAGUUUAUAAUCCACGUAUUGGUAUGGAUGCUUUACAAAUAUAUCCAGUUAGUCAAGCAAAUGCAAAUCAAAGAAUGGGUCGAGCUGGACGAACAGGACCAGGACAAUGCUUUCGUUUAUAUACUGAACGUAAUUUUCGUGAAGAAAUGCUCAAAACAAAUGUACCAGAAAUUCAACGAACGAAUCUUGCUAAUGUUGUUCUAUUACUUAAAUCACUUGGUAUACAAGAUCUUCUUCAAUUUCAUUUUAUGGAUCCACCACCACAAGAUAAUUUAAUGAAUUCAAUGUAUCAAUUAUGGAUUUUAGGUGCAUUAGAUAAUACAGGUUCAUUAACACAAUUAGGUCGUCAAAUGGUUGAAUUUCCACUUGAUCCAGCAAUGUCACAAAUGUUAAUAACAUCUGUUGCAAUGGGUUGUAGUAGUGAAAUUCUUAUAAUUGUAUCGAUGUUGUCUGUUCCAUCGAUAUUUUUUCGACCAAAAGGUAAAGAAGAUGAAUCUGAUGCUAAACGAGAAAAAUUUCAAGUGGCUGAAAGUGAUCAUUUAACAUUUCUUCAUGUUUAUAUUCAAUGGAAAAAAAGUGGAUAUUCAAAUAAUUGGUGUUCAGAUCAUUUUAUUCAUGUUAAAGCAAUGAGAAAAGUUCGAGAAGUUCGACAACAAUUAAAAGAUAUUAUGGAUUCACAAAAAUUAGAUGUUAAAUCAUGUGGAAAUUGGGAUAUUGUACGAAAAUGUAUAUGUGCUGCUUAUUUUCAUCAAGCAGCUCGACUUAAAGGUAUCGGUGAAUAUGUUAAUUUACGUACAGGUAUGCCAUGUCAUUUACAUCCGACUAGUGCAUUAUUUGGUUGUGGAUUUACACCUGAUUAUAUUGUUUAUCAUGAACUUAUUAUGACAACAAAGGAAUAUAUGCAAUGUGUCACAUGUGUUGAUGGCCAUUGGCUUGCUGAACUUGGACCUAUGUUUUUUAGUCUUAAAGAUUCAUUUAAAACUCGUAAUGAACGUGCACGAAAAGAAAAAUCAGAAACAUCAACAAUGGAAGAAGAAAUGCGUGUUUCACAAGAAAAAUUUAAUCGAAUGAAAGAAGAAGCAAAUGCGGCUGGUCAAACACCUUCUAUACGAAAUAAAAUUAUUACACCGUUUAAUCGUAUACAAACAACACCUACACCAAAAAGAACAACACCAUUUCGUAGUGGAAUUUAA